GACAGAACACCAUCUUGCGCUUGGGGAAGGUCUUGAGCAGCAACGUGUACCUAUGGUCUUGGUCGCCAAGGUCGGUAACCCGCUCGAGAAGAGUGAUGCAAAGAGUGGUAACCGUGGUAAACGUGACUCUCAAAUCGUGCUCAUGUCGUUCUUGCAAAAGAUCAUGUUCGACGAGCGCAUGACGACUUUCGAAUACGAAUUCUUCAAUUCCAUUUGGAGGUGCACUGGUGUUUGCCCGGAUAAAUACGAACUUGUACUUUGCGUCGAUGCCGAUACCAAAGUGUUCCCCGAUUCGCUUACUAGGAUGGCAGCUUGCAUGGUGAACGACCCCGAAAUCAUGGGUCUCUGUGGAGAGACCAAGAUUGCGAACAAGAGCGAGACCUGGGUCACGAUGAUUCAAGGACUUGAUGUUGACGAUUACCUAGUGUUCGAGUACUAUAUCUCUCAUCACAUGACCAAGGCUUUCGAAUCCAUGUUUGGCGGUGAAAGCGGCUACUGGGUACCCAUCUUGGCCAACCCCGACAUUGUCGAACACUACUCGGAGAACAUUGUCGACACCUUGCACAAGAAGAACUUGCUGCUCCUCGGAGAGGAUCGUUACCUUACCACGUUGAUGCUCAAGACCUUCCCCAAGCGCAAGAUGGUGUUCUGUCCUCAAGCC